GCCCGAGUGUCAACUUUGGGGCUGGUGAAGCGCGGCGCCCGCAUGGCUCCGCUCGCUGCCGCCCCUCGGCUAGUCCUGCUCUUUAGCGGGAAGAGGAAAUCCGGGAAGGACUUCGUGACCGAGGCACUGCGGAGCAGGCUUGGAAAUGAUGUCUGUGCUAUCCUCCGGCUCUCUGGUCCAUUGAAAGAGCAGUUUGCUCAGGACCAUGGUUUGGACUUCGGGAAGCUCUUGGAUGCCAGCGCCUACAAGGAGACCUAUCGGAAGGACAUGAUCCGCUGGGGGGAGGAAAAGCGCCAGGCCGACCCGGGCUUCUUCUGCAGGAAGAUUGUGGAGGGCGUGUCCCAGCCCAUCUGGCUGGUGAGCGACACGCGGAGGGUGUCUGAUAUCCGGUGGUUUCAGGAGGCCUAUGGGGCUGUGGCACAGACAGUCCGUGUGGUGGCUUCGGAGCAGAGCCGACAGCAGCGGGGCUGGGUGUUCACGCCAGGGGUGGAUGAUGCUGAGUCUGAAUGUGGCCUGGACAACUUUGGAGACUUUGACUGGAUCAUUGAGAACCAUGGAGAUCAACAGCGCCUGGAGGAGCAGCUGAAGGACCUGCUGGAAUUUGUUUGUUCCAGACUUUAGCUGUUGGGCUCUAGAGGGGUUGCUGGAUUUGGGGUUCCCAAUCCUGACUGCAGUGGAGGAACAGACAGAUGGCCUGGCUCUAGAUUUCUAAGGGGGCUGGUGGAUAUGAGCCCAUCAGGAAGCUUUGGGGGACCUCAUCUUCUCAGUGGAGAGGUGCUGUGCUUGAAGCAGGAGCAUUGCCAUCUCCAUGGUGCCAGGGCCAUCAGCCCUGUCCAGGUGCUUGCAGUCCCUUGCUCUGGACGAGAGCUUGAAGCCCUCCAGCAUGGAUACUAAUAAACCCUGCUGUACACA